AUGACAAGUGUGACUUAAUCCAUAGAAAACUCACCAACUUUCCUCCCUUGCUAUGUAACUUAAACAAAAGAAUAAUCUAUGGCUAUCAAUCUCAGUUGGAAGGCUUUACUUAGAAAAAAAAAUUAGACUAAACGCCCCAUUUCAAAGAUUGUUCCAAGAUUACCUGAGUCAAUUAAAUCAAAAAAUAUACCAAAAAAUGUUGCUAAAGCUAUCAUAUAACAAAUCUUAAAUAAUAAUGUCAUGGAUCAAAUUGAUGAUUAAAAAGAAUUUUUCAAAUUCAUCACUAAGAAUAAAAAAAUUUAAAAUCUUGCUAAUCUCCUUAAAGUAACUAGACCUCACAAAAUACAAAGAAUAAAUAAAUUACAAACUUAAUUUAGACAAAUUUGGUAUUUCAUAACAUAUAUUUAUUGUUUUAGUUGGAACUUCCUUAAAAAAUAAUAUGUACCAUAUAUAUUCAAUUCUAAAAUUAAGAAUCCAGAAGGACAUUUAUAAUAUAGAGUUCAAUUAAUGAAAGUUUUUGCUUAAAAAUAAUGA